AUGUCCUCCCCUCCCGUGCGCCCAACACUGCCAAAGAAAUCCUCGAUCGAACGCGUACCCCUGUGUUGGGGCCACCGCGGCGCUUCAGCAGCGUUCCCGGAGAACACGUUGGCUAGUUUCGAGGCGGCUAUUAAGGAUGGAGCGGAGGGGAUCGAGACGGACGUCCACGUCACGGCCGACAACGUCAUCAUCGUCUUCCACGACCCGCACCUGGACCGCACCACGAACGGCACGGGUCGAAUCCAGACGCAGAACUACUACAACGGGCUCGACCAGCUCCGGACCAACAAGUCUCCUCACCAGAAGAUCCCGACGUUCAAAGAGACGAUCGACCUCCUCAUGCGUCCGGGGAACGAACACGUCUUGCUGAAUAUCGACAUCAAGGUCGAUAACGAGCCGGAGAAGUUGUUUGGGCUGAUGAGGGAGAUUGUCGAGGGACAUGACGGGUUCGAGACGAAACUUGCGCCGCGACUUCUCCUCGGCCUCUGGCACCCGAAAUACAUCGAGCCCGCAGUCCGCCACCUCCCCUACUGUCGUCGCGCCCACAUCGGGAUGAGUCCGGCGUUGGCGAGGAGGUACUUCUGGGACGCGUGCGACACGUUUAGCAUGAACUUUGCGAGUAUGUGUACGAAUGAGGGAGAGAGGUUUAGGACUGAGUGUCAGAGGGAGGGAAAGGACUUGACGGUUUGGACGGUCAACGCGCGGAACGAGAUGAUCGAGGCGACGAAGUGGGGCGCCAAGGCCAUCCUGACCGACCGGACGAAAGAGCUGCUCGACCUCCGUGCAGAGAUGGAGCAAGAUUGGGACAAGGUCGCGCGCGAGACGACCGCGUUGUUCAAGUGGUCGAGCGUUUGGUAUUCCGGCAUCGCGAAUUACCUCAUCUCGUCUUGGGAAGCCUACCUCCUCACGAAAGUAGGAGGCGCGUUCCGACCCGCCCCGCCAGUCGCGUCCGUCCCACUCGCUCGCCCACCGCCUGCCGCUCGAGUCGGCGCCUAA